AUGGCGGGUCCUGGUCCGAGCAGGAUCCCGGAGGAGAGAGUGAUUGCCACUCUAGAAAUCCAGUCUUUGGACGAAGAGUCUCAGGUGGAGAGCGAGCAGCUGUCCUUGACGCAGCGGCAAAAAACAACCCGCUCGUUCUUUAAGAAUAGUGCUCUAACGCGGAAAGGGGCAAAGGGCGCCGCCCGGGAGAGGCAAAGAGCGGCCAAAAGAAGUCGCGUCACUACCGUCAGUCAUUCUGACGAAUAUGCGACUUCCGCGCCCGAGUCAGACAUCGAUCCGGGGUCAGACGUGGACACCAAAGUCGCGUCGCUUCCCACGUUGUUGGAAGUAAUCCUCAGUCGCCUCACGUAUGUGAAUAGACUGAGGAAGAAGUCUAAGCGGCUUAAAGGCUCGAUUUCGGGCCAAAUGAAACGGGCCUUUAUCAAACUCCAAAAGGAGACAAGGGCCCUGGCUGCACGUGUUGAGAUGCGGGGUAACGCACAACAUUUGUACGACCGUGCUGCUGCCGCUGAAAAAGAAGUGCACCAACUUUGCUUGUCAAAUGGUGCACUACAAGCCGAAAUCCUGAGGCUGAAGAGGAGAGUGAAAGAGAUCGAAGAAAGAGCCCCAGCGCGGCAAGGAUGUGACGUAGCUGUACAGGCGUCUAUACCUGUGGUAACGUCUGUGCAGUCUGUUCCAGCGGGCGCUGGUCCCGUGGUCAAGGUGGUGGCCCCACCCGUGAAUCUUUCUUCGGUGGGAGGCCGAAAGCGGGUCCUUAAAGAAACCCCUGGAGGUGGAUCUCCAAAGACGGCUUUUGCCGGUGAGGAGGACAUGGCCUCCGUUAUCAAACGCGAGGUCAUAGAGCUGCUCCGCAAGAGCAGGAGAGAAACGGAGGAGCGCGUCGUUGAGCUAGUUAACGGCGCGCUUUCGAGUAACGUGAGCGCCGCUCAAGACGGCAGACAAAAGACUGCACAGCCGGUUUGUCGAAAUACCCAACCGGUGGCCAGCCAGCAGCCCUCGACGGAGACGUGGGUGGAAGUCACCAAGCAAAAGCGGCGUGGCCCCAAGUCCACAUCCGCAGUCGCUCGACCGGAAGGUCCCACUGCUGUUCAGCAGAACCCUGCCCGAAGGCAACAACAACAGGAGCAACCGACACCGUAUGCGGACAUUAUCCGCACUGCGCGGGCGGCGGUUCCUCUUCAGAAAAUGGGGAUUAACGACACUCGCAUUCGUCGUGAUGUCGGCGGGGGUAUCCUCGUUGAAAUACCGGGCCCAGGUGGAGACAAGAAGGCGGACCAACUGAUAGCUGUACUGACCCCGGUUUUACAAGGAAAGGCCACGGUUACCCGGCCAGUACGCAAGAGCGAAAUUUGCCUCACGGGUCUCGACAAAUCCGUUGAGGCAAAAGAUGUAGUGGCGGUACUGUCCUUGGGCGAGUUCGGCCCCUGUCGCGCCGAAGACGUCACAAUGGGCCCCAUUAAGGAGGGCCGUGAUCGCAUGGGCGUAGCCUGGCUUCGCUGCCCGGCUGAGGUCGCGGACAAAAUUGCGGAAAAAGGCCGGCUAAAAGUAGAGUGGUCCUCGGCUCGCGCCGUCCUUCGCCCUGCGCGACCACUCCAAUGUUUUAAGUGCCUGGAGUUCGGGCACGUCCGGGCAGCUUGUUGCAAUGACGUCGACCGCAGCAAGAUGUGCUAUCGCUGCGGUGAAAACAGUCACGUCGCCUGUGAGUGUAAAGAGAAGGCUCAUUGUGUUUUGUGCGCAUUCCGGAACCUUGCGUCUGGGCACAGAACGGGCAACGCGGCCUGUCCCUCGAGGACAAAGGGCCGGAACGGCGUUAAGAAACCUUUGGAGCGGAGGACCGAGGAGCAGAUGGAGGUAACAGAGGAAGAUGGACCAGAUCCUCCAAAUUAA